CUCCAACAGUAGCGGAGGCUGGAGGAGCGCAGCGAUGUCCCCGCCGCUGUGAGAGGACGGGCUUUCUUCUGUCAGCCGUUCGGAGGAGAGACACGAGCAAAUAUGGCUUCACUGGGGGAAUCUGUCCACCUGGAAAGAGACAUCUCCCGGGCCAUCGAGCUGCUGGACAAGCUACAGCGGACCGGAGAGCUGCCCCCUCAGAAGCUGCAAGCACUGCAGAGAGUCCUUCAAAGCGAGUUCUGCAAUGCUGUGCGAGAGGUGUAUGAACAUGUGUAUGAGACUGUGGACAUUAACAGCAGCCCAGAAGUCCGGGCCAACGCUACCGCAAAGGCCACAGUGGCAGCAUUUGCGGCCAGCGAGGGCCAUUCUCACCCUCGCGUUGUAGAACUGCCCAAGACAGAGGAGGGCCUGGGGUUCAACAUCAUGGGGGGCAAGGAGCAGAGCUCCCCCAUCUACAUCUCGCGCAUCAUCCCCGGGGGCGUUGCCGACCGGCAUGGUGGACUGAAGCGGGGGGAUCAACUGCUGUCUGUCAACGGAGUGAGCGUGGAGGGUGAGCACCACGAGAAGGCUGUGGAGCUCCUCAAAGCAGCACACAGCACGGUCAAGCUCGUGGUGAGAUACACGCCCAAGGUGCUGGAGGAGAUGGAGUCGCGCUUUGAGAAGAUGAGGUCGGCUAGGCGCCGUCAGCAGAGCAUCUACAGUCCAUAGCGUCAUCCGGCGAGCCCCUGCCAUAUCCACCCUCGCUGUUCUCUUUCAGUCCUUUUUAAGACAUCUAUUUCUCUCCCAUUGCAGUUCCCUUGGUCUUUUACAAACACAGAUUAUGCCUCAGGAUGCUCUUUGAAAGAACAUUUUUUUCACAAAUCAUAGCUAUAUAUGAAUUAUGGAUGUUAAUUGCCAUGAUUGUACUCUACUUUGUAAUGCCUACAAAUGCUGUUCAGUACAGCAGCAUUUUUGCCUGGUUACAUGAGCAUUUUACUGCCACAACAUUUACAGUAUUUAUUCACUCUCCACUCUGUCUUUCAAAGCACAUGGCCACUGCUUCUUCCAUAACAAAACCAAUUACUGCAUGUACUUAACAUCAUAUUGACAUUCUCAAGCAAUCACAACCCAAGAUUAGGUUAUAUAUAAUAUCUCCAAUUAAAUGGCAGAUUCGUUGCUAUUAUUCAUUCAUUUCACUGAUGCUUUUCUACCAGGCAGCUCACAAUGGAAGCUACUUACAAUUAUUUACUCUGCAAAGCAGGUGAACACAAGGCCAUUAGAGGUUUAUUUAUACAGCUGGGUAAUUCUUAAGAGUAAUUCAGGAAAAGUACCUUAUUUAAUAAACAGUAUGGCAUUAAGUGGGAUCAAACAUUCAUUAGUAGUGUUACACAGCACCUCUAAUGGCCUCAUGUCCACCUGCUUUGCAGAGUAAAGACAUAGCAGACAGGGAUCUUGUGACUUUUUACAUCAGAUAACUUUUUAUAUCAUUGUAUUAUCAGUGAACAAAAUUUCCAGUGUCUCCAACCAGAGUGACCAAUAAUGGAUGAAUGAAAAUAAAAGACAAGAUAGAAAUAAUUUUCCUACAAAUAUUAUAAAAUUAGUUGGUUGUAUUAUUAUCAGGCACAGAUAUACCUUUGAGUUUGGUAUUUUAUUUUUGGGGACAUAUUAUGUACAAUAACUUUUUUCCAUAAGAAAUAAUGGUUAUUAAUUGCUCCCCACAAUGGGAGUUCACCCAACAGUGAUUUCAAAGAAAAAAUAAUCCUGUUAUCUGAGGAAUGAGUGUAUUUCUCCCAUACCUGCAUGUGUCACUCUGAAUGUACUGUCACAAUUUCGAAUGGCAUAAUUCAGCUCUUAUAAUUAAAUUAAAAAUCAAAUAAUCGAAAGGCUUGAAUUUAGCAGUCACACUGAACACUUAUUAAACACUGCUGAGGACAAAAUAUAUUAUUCUGUGGUAUAAAUGGUGGUUAAAAAAUAACUUUUGGGAAAUGUAUUACUAUUUAUAUCUCUCCUUUGCCCUUUUAAGUAUAUUUUAAUAGCAAUUAUUAUUGUCAUAUAUCUUGGAAUUUUAGUAAAAUUUUGAUUGUGCGUAAUUAAAAUGCUGUUGUUUAAUGCCGUAGCUUUAAUUUAGGUUUUUAUUUCUGCACACUCAGCACUCUCUUUCUGUGCUGUAGUGUGUCUGGUGUUUCCUCAACAAUAUAGUUCCUCCCUUUUAAAGCUACAUUU